AUGAGUGGAGCACAUUCAGGAGUGCAAACAAGGAUAAAACAUAUUGUUCCCUCUGCCAAGUAUGUCCAUUGCUGUAGCCAUAAUUUAAACCUAGUUAUUUCAGAUGCAGCAAAGUGUCACAGUAAAGUACAAAAUUUUUUUGAAACUGUUCAAACUGUGUUCAAUUUUUUUGCCAGUAGUGCCCCAAGAUGGGCUUUAUUAGCUUUGGGUCAAGAUUUUGGCAAUAAAGUUCAGAAAAAAGUUUUUAAAAAAGUAUGCCCAACAAGAUGGGAGGCUCGGCAUGAUGCUGUGUUUUCACUGAAAGAGCGUUUCAUUGAUAUACUUAAGGCUCUGACUUGUAUAAUUCUCAACAGCAAGAAAACAACUGAAYGAACAAUUGCAUCUAGUUUGAAAAGUAAAAUUGAAAACUUUGAAUUUGUUUUAAUAUUKUGUACUUGGGAACCUAUAWYACGAUCAUUGRGAGUUAUUUCUAAAAAAUUACAAAAUGUAGAUAUGAACUUAGAAGAAGCUUCUACAAUGCUUAAUAAUGCUGUAAAUUUUAUUCAAGAGACAAGAAAUAGCUACAAUGAAAAUAUACUAAAUAAUGCAAAAUCACUGUGUUCAAGAUGGGGAAUUCCAGAUAAAUUUGUAGAAAAAAGAUUAUCUUAUGCUAAAAAACAGUUUUAUGACAAUUUAAAUGGAGAUAGGUUACUUAACACAACUGAAGAGAACUUUAAARUUAAAUUAUUUUUUCCUGUGUUGGAUACAGUUUUAUCUCAACUUAUUAGUCGGUUUCAAGAUAAUGAUUUAUCUAGUAGUUUUCCAGAUGUUUUAAGUGCUUGUGUAAUUUUUCUUACAAUGCCAAUCACUGUGGCAGGAGCAGAAAGAUCAUUUUCCAAAUUAAAACUUAUAAAGAAUYACCUAAGAAAUACAUGUGGACAAGAACGUUUAUCUAAUAUAUCAAUUUUAAGUAUAGAAAAGGAACGAACAAAAACUCUUGACAUUGAGAAGAUAAUUGACAAUUUUGCCAAUGCCAAGUCAAGAAAAAAAAUUUCUUAA